GAAGUGUUGGCAGAGCUUCGCCGUGCGUCGCGAAGGGCGCACGUGUAGACUGCUCGCUCCGGGCGUUACGGAAAAAGUUCAUUUACGAUUAGUGACUGUGACUUGUGCAAUUAUAGAUACGCUCCACAAUUAAAACAUAAUAUAAAAUAAAAUAAGUCAAUAAAUUUAAAUAAAGAAACCAAAAAGUUUGCACGCAACGAAUUUGACAUAAAAAAAAUGAUUCGUCAUUAUCUGUGGUUCGUUUGCGCGGUAAUUUUGACAAGUCGGUGUGGUGCCAAUUACUGCAGAGACUCCAACCUAUGUUGCCCAGGCCGGGAUAGCUCGUGCGUCGUACAGAAAGCCCAUCAAAAUGCAAUCAUUGAGGACUUGACUGACAAACCGUGUUAUUGCGAUCACGCCUGUUUGAAGUUAGGCGACUGCUGUCCAGAUUUCCGGGAAACUUGUGGAGUACUCGAUUGCGUAGUAUCCAGCUGGGGCGAGUGGUCAGAAUGCGACACCUCCUGCGGGUCUGGCAGCAUGGUCCGGAGCAGAACAGUGCUACAAGCUGCGGCGCAUGGUGGGAGACACUGCCCGUCAUUGGUUCAACGGAGAGCGUGCCAAGCGCACCAUGGGUGCACCGCUGAUAGUGACGUGCCUUUACGAGAGGAGACAGCGAUGAUUCUACCAGGAGUUUUAUCCCUCAGUCGCCAUUCAAACGACACUGUGGAUAUCAGAAAGAACUUACGACUGCGGAACCCAGAUGAUCCCGAAUCUAACGCGCACAGAGAGUAUUGCGUGCAAUUUGAAGUGGUGAAGGUCUCAAAGGCUUGUCACACUGACUCAGAUUACAAAGCUUUAAGAGAAGGUAACACAAUCUGCGUAAUGUGCGAGGCGGCGGCGCUGAAGCGCGACCUCAAGUGGCGCUGCAGCGGGCACGGCGUGUCCGGCCACGCGACCCGCUUCUACGCGCUCGUGGCGCCGCACUGCCACGGCAAGUGGGCGCGCGCGCAGACGCUCGACAAGCGGAGUGACUGCUGCGCGAAUCCGGACUUUAUCUUCGUGUAGAUGCGUUUUACGAUACUCUCAGCGAUAGUGCAGCGGCUGCUCGGAAUCCGACUUUAUGAGCGUGUAAAUAGGGCGCGUUUUACGGUACUGACAGCGAUAGUUGGAUGAAGCGGCUGUUCAAAUCCGGAAUUUAUUACCAUGUUAAUAAAGCCUAUUGUACAAUAACGUCAGCGAUAAGCGGAGCGGCGCUCGAAUCCCGACUUUAUCUCUAUGCAGAUAGAGCAUACUGUACUGUAAUUGUAUGUUAUAUUUGGUUGGAAUAAAAUGUUUGAUAUGAUUGUAUUUUAUUUGAUCGGUGCGAUAUAAAUGUAGCUGUCUAUUAGCGGAUUGUUAAUUUUUGCAGUGCAGGUUUCUGAUUCUUCUCUGGUAAUUUUUUAACACUUAGCACUACGCUAGAGAUAAUGUUGCAAGUACUGGAAAAAUACUAUAAAUAACGUCUCUAGUCUAGCACUAUGAAGUCAAAAAAUUAUGUAUGGACAUAAGUUUUCUCUUUUUUACUAAUGAUGUAAAAUCUUUAUCCUUUGACAUUAUUUAAGUCUAUUAUUUCCAUAUAUUACAAUUUAGCCGUUCUCAAAAUGAAGGUACUCCAGACGUACCAUUUUUAUAUAUGCAGGUAAGGAGUACGUUAAAUAUUUAAUUUUCACUAAGAACAGAAUCAACAUAUACAUUUGAUGCAUUUGUAUAAACUUCUAACAUACAGAUUAAUUGUUGUAUAAUCUAAUCUGAAUUAUAUCUUGAAUCUGACGUUAGUAAUUAUAUAUCAAUCUGUUAUAUAAUAUUCAUUGUGAAAUUAAUUACAUAAUCACGUGCAUUGCAUCAAUAUAAAGAGGUGGUUUUGUUAAUUAAUUAUAUAGAUUCAGCCCGCGGUUUCGCUUGCCCGAUAGUCGGAGGCAAAAGAUUUAUACCACCUUGUAAAAUUUCAAUCAAAUAAAGAACUGGAAUAUAUUUUUUUCAUUGUGGAAAAAAAUAUAUUCCAGUUCCAUAGAGGGGUACCACCAUACCUUAUGGAUCUACUUGCUCAUAAUGGACCUUCAUCGGUCACUGCAUUUUAGUUAUACGACAAACGUAACCUUAGUUUUUAAGAAAUACUCGCAAUAGGUAGUUAAUAGUUUUUAAUGAAUGAACUUAAUUUUGAAAUUAAUUUUGUUUGUGAAAUCGUCUUAUUUUUUUAUGCAGUAUAGCAGUAUGGAUACAGCUUAACUCUGCCCCAGACAUUAGACAUCAAGCGAUAUUUACUCCUUUCAAAAACAGUUUAUAAAUGUAGGGUGACUCUUAACGCUUAGCAAGUGUAUCGCAUUUCUUAUAUUUUGUAUUCUCGUGUCAUAUCCAUAGAUAUCUAAAUAUAAGGAGAUCGAGCAAGUCGCUAAGUUUCUAGAAAGUUCUAUUGUCACCAAAUCAACAAACGCACACAACGCUCUCAUACAUAAUAGCAUGAUACACUCACACAUCGUAAUUAUUCAAUGAUGUGCGACGUGAAAUGUCGAUAAAUAUCGAUAGUUUUAAAUUAC